GUGGGCUCCUGCUAUCCUCUCUCUCUCACUCACCCACGUGUCGCCCUCCCCAAACCCUCGAUUCGAUUCUUCGAACUCCAAUAGGAGUCCUAAUAAUCAACGACAACAGCGUACACAAUCAUCCACUGCCGCACCAACUCAAACAGCAGCUGCUUCAGUCGUAGCACAGAGACAGACAGUCGACAUCAUCCUGAAAACCAAAAGGGGGGAGCCUUUCUAGGCCGUGCGUUCGUACUCAAGUACUGGUUCUCUGCCCCGAAACUUCUCAGCCGUUGUUCUCUCGAAGAUUUUGUGUUUCAAAAAAGGAAAGUAUUUACAGUAAAGAAGGGGACUGUGUCUGUGUAUAUCCCGGUUGGAAAUCCACCUCACCCUUCUCCGGCCGCUAUUAACUCAGGUGCUUCAUAGAUAUCACUUAGGAUACAAGCGAUCCGGUCAUAAACUGCAGCACUUUAAGGUGACUUUCUGAAACAACCUCGAUGGGGACAGGGGAAGAGGGCACACCCACUAAGCCUUCCAAACCAGCUUCUUCAACUCAGGAAAUACCAACAACACAUUCUUAUCCUGAUUGGUCGAGCUCAAUGCAGGCUUAUUAUGGUCCUGGAGCCACUCCACCUCCGUUUUUUGCCUCAACUGUUGCUUCCCCAACACCCCAUCCCUAUAUGUGGGGAGGCCAGCACCCUCUGAUCCCACCCUAUGGAACCCCAAUUCCAUACCCAGCUCUAUAUCCUCCAGGGGGAGUUUAUGCUCAUCCUAAUAUGACCAUGACCCCAAACUAUGUACAGACGAAUGCAGAGUUGGAAGGGAAGGGCCCUGAUGGGAAGGACAGAGCUUCAGCUAAAAAAUCCAAAGUAACUUCUGGAAAUUCUAGCAAGGCUGGAGAGAGUGCAAAGGCAGCUUCAGGUUCAGGAAAUGAUGGUGCUUCACAAAGUGCUGAAAGUUGUACUGAGGGUUCAUCAGAUGGAAGCGAUGAGAAUAAUGACCAACAGGAUUUUGCUGCAAGUAAGAAGGGAAGCUUUCAUCAGAUGCUGGCAGAUGGAGCCAAUGCACAAAAUACCACUGUUGGGGGCAUUGUCCAAGGUUCAGUUCCGGGGAAGCCUGUGGCCUCUAUGCCUGCAACUAACUUGAAUAUUGGAAUGGACUUAUGGAAUGCAUCCCCUGGUGGGGCCGGAGCUGCAAAAGUGAGACCAAAUCCAUCUGGCACCUCAUCAACACUUGAAGGCGUAAUGCCUGAGCAGUGGAGACAGGAUGAACGUGAACUUAAAAGACAGAAGAGGAAGCAAUCUAAUAGGGAGUCAGCUCGGAGGUCAAGAUUACGCAAACAGGUAGAGUGCGAAGAACUACAGGCAAGGGUGGAAAACUUGAACAAUGAGAAUCGCACUCUCAGAGAUGAGAUGCAGAGGAUUUCCAAGGAGUGUGAAAAGCUUAAAUCCGAAAAUGGUUCCAUCAUGGAAGAAUUGACAAGUAUAUGUGGACCAGAUGCAAUCGCUAAACUCGAACAGAACAUCCCCACAUCAGUUCUUCAGUCUCAUGGUGGUGAUGGCAACAGUUAGAAACCCUGCAAAGACAAGAAGACUCUAGUCUGAGAAACAUAAAUUAAUUCGACUCCCGGAAGUAAUGACAUUUGCACUCAUCGAGCAUAGAACAUCUAUUUUUGUUACUAAUCUAUAGCCUUAACCUCUUGUAACUAUAACUUUUAUGAAUCUUAACCGAGUGGUUACGUUGAUAAAUCCAUCUGUAUUGUAUUGGACGAUUAGGGGAAAAAUAUUGCAUAUAAGAGAGUGCUACACAAUACUACUACGGCACCAACAUUUAUCUAUGUUUGUAUGCUUAUUGUCGUCAAUACCACAUUUUCUCUGUUAAGGCAA